UCCCAAACCGAUCUCACCGUGAGCUCAUUUACCGAUACAACUGUAACACUUACCUGGAAACUUCCAGCCACCCCCUAUACUGGACAAACCCUGACUGCAACCGCGACAAAAUCAGGAACUUUGAUAGCCCUAACAAACGAUGCUACGAAUUCAACGGUGACAGGGCUAACAGCGUGCACUAACUACCAGUUUAGUUUGACAGGGACUUCAGCCAGCAAUGAAAUCUCAGCCGCAGUUUCCAUAACCAAAGUAACUAAUCCCCUCCCAGUCACUGAGGUGAAGGCAACAGUCGAACUACCUUCUACCGUGGUGGCUACAUGGAAGGUGCCAAAAAUGGGUACCGACUGCUCGAAUUGGCUUAAACUCACUCUGUCACCCAAUCCCAAAUUAAAUAUGCCCCUUGUCGGAGCAGCUACAACUGGCUCCUUCUAUGAUGUGGACCCUGGAACAUAUACGGUUAAAGUUUACACUGUGACAAAAGAUUAUUUUACUUCCGAUGCUGGAAAUGUGAAGAUUACCGUUAGAGAAUACUCAACUACAACUUCGACUGUAGCAACAACAAUUGCGCUUCAAGGCGGGAAAUAUACCGUAACUUUGCUUGGGAAAGUCUAUGAUUCCGCCGGAAAUCCUGCUCUAUACAAGCCAUCUCAUGCCACGCUCGGAUCUGCUGCGUUUAACGCCGCUGAAAAAGAUAUUUGUGACUUUAUAAAGAUAGUUUCCGCGCAGAGCAAAAGGAUCAACGACGGCUUUUUUGGCUGUAAAGUUGAUUCACUCAAAAAUGGCUCGCUUGUAGUUACUGCUAUGGCAGAUUAUAAGAUGGCAAGUCUCCCGAUCCUCACUAACGCCUUAUUUGCUGAGGUAAUGAAAGCUUUACUUACCAGCGCACCCAAAUCUUCUAAUCUCAAUUAUGAUCUGAAAGCUAACAUUUCCGGUAUGUCAACUGUCUUAAAGUGGUAUUAA